AUGCCCUCUUUCGCGCACGCGCGCUCGACCUCUUCGCCCUCUAUCCUCGCACCUAUACCUCUUCGACCCCUCUCUCUCGUCCCCGAAUCGGCCUCUUCCCGCAAAACGGCGCUGACACCGGAUGAGCGAUUGACGCUCUUCGAACCGCCUACACGACCUGUUCUUGCUGUGAUCCAGCCGCCAUCCGGCUCGUGGUCGCAGAAUGGCGGACAAGGGAGCAUCCUGGCCGGUCCAUCGGCGAGAGGGCGCCACGAUGUGAUCAGGAGCGUGAAGGCGAAGGAACGGGAGCGGGAAAGACGGGGACACCAACGGAGCUCCUCAGAUGGUGCUGUUCUUCGGACCCUUACGCCUUUGCCGACAUUUGCGCCAGUGUCGCCACCUCCUUCGCCUCCACUACCGCUCCCAGCUCCCUCAUCGAAACCGACUACCGCCCCGUCCCUUCCUUCGCCACUCGCACCCUUACCGUCGUCUUUCACGCCAGCCAGAAGAGGACGGUCUCCCUCGAUUCGCCGCAGCUCGUCCUCGCCAUCACUUCCUGGGUCUUCGGCUUCACCCGCACCUAGACCUUAUCCUCUUUCUCGACGAUACACCCGCUCCGCCUCGCUCUCGCAUCUCUCGUCUCGAUCACCCGUCCAAGACCGCUCGAUCCCGCAACUUUCGCAUUCUUCCCUUCUCGACCCUACCGUACGGUCAGAUUCUUCAACAGGGCCCGAACUGUCACGAACACCCUCGCCAACGCCGCAACAGCAGCUCUUCGAGUCGCUCGUCUGCGCAACACUCGAGCGACGUCUUGCGGAUCGUCUAGCAAAGGCGUCUGGGCAAGCUGACGGUGGAAAGAAGCUGGCUGAGAAGGCGGGACUGAUGGGCUUGCGAGCUGGGCGGGAGAUGAUCUUAUGGGGCGCAAUCAGGCGAGUGAGGGAGGCGGAGCAGCGACGGAGCGGUAAGGUAAACCCCUAG